AUGGAGAACUACCCGGAUCACUGGAAGGCUACUCUCCUUGGAGAAGAGUUCUGGAAAGAUGCUGAAGCUUACAAUCAGCCCAUUCACGACCGCAUCGAAGCAGAUAAAGACAAGCCCUUGCACGAAAGAUUCCCAUUCAACCAAGAACAUGAGCGAAACACUCAUGCCCCUGCUGCCAACAGCGCCGACACAGACAGACGCAGAAGCCGUCGCUUCAGCAUGAACGAUGCGGCAUUCACUGGCACUCCCCUAGCAACAGCUCGUGUGGCUGAACUUUCCAGACGCCCUCGUUCGCAAUCUCGCACGCGCUCCCAGUCCCUCGUUCGAGGAUCCAGCGUCGCAUCCAGCCGUUCGAGCUCGCUUAUCCGCUCCGCCCUAUACAGAAUGGCUAACUUGAUGCGGGAGGAGUCUGAAGCCGAGACCGAAGUGGAGCCUGUUCAGCUCCUAUCUGCCGAUGAAGCCACCCCGGAGAAGCCUCUCCUGGAGUUCCGCGGCGGUGAGACCUGGGAGCGUCUCACUGAUGACCGUCACGCGCUUGGACUUGACGUGUUCUGGCCUAGCGACCUGGACAACAAGGAGAACAUCAGUGACGAUGACAAUAAAACCGACAGCAAAGUUGAGCCGGAACCUAUCAUGCUUGAUCUCGAGCAGAUGUCCCCUCUCUGUCUAUUUCGCAACCUCCGCAGUCUCAAGAUUAUUGGCAUGAUGCAGUCAUACCAGAAAUACAUCUGGCAGGCCGCCUGGUUGAACAUAGACCUUGAGGAACUGGAACUCGGCAUGGCCCUGCCUCCCCGUAUCCGCAAGAGCAAGACUGGCGAUUGGCCCUACAUCAAGGGAGGCUGGAAGCUCAACAAGGCUCAGUAUGCGGAACCAGUGUACUUCGGUGACGGCACCGGCGCACUUGACCACAAGCUCGGCCAAGCCGAAUACCUCGACAAGAUGGUCAUCGAAAAGGCCAAAGUGCGUGCCAUGUCCGUGGGCCGCACUCGCCAGAAACUAUCCAUCCGCUCACUGACUCUCUUUGGAUUCAUUGUCGAUGCGGACCCGUUCCUGCAUUGGUUUGACGCCAAGAGAUUGCAGAGAAUCCAUUUCAAGGAUUACUGCGUGGAUGCGGGCUUCUGGCUCUGCAAGCCGAUGAAAAAGGUGGAGGUGGAUUUUCCGCGCCAGAUGCAGGAAAAGGCGAUUACUGGCAGACAGGUUGAUUUGUCGUCCGAACUGAAGGUUAUUGAGCUGAAAGGAGGCAAGAAGAAUAGUCAUUUGAUUGAUGGUCUAACUUCCUCCCGGGAGGAUGUGCAAUUGCCUGGGUUCCUUUGCUUGUGCGAAGGCCCCGAGUGUAAGGCCGGUAGGUGUGACAUCAUUGUGGGUAUGCUUUUAGGGCAUUCCAAGAGUCACUCGCCAUCUUACAUCUGCAGUUUCCGGCUUAACUAUAACCACAUACUCAAAAUGCCCCUUUGGCUCAUCUACCACCCCUCCGGCACCUUCGAGGACACCGCUUCCAAAAAAGCUCUGACGGAAGAUAUCACAAAGCUCUACACUCGAAUCGGCCUUCCUGCCUUCUAUGUUGUCAUCAAUUUUAUGAAGCUUCCCCCCGGAGAUACCUGGGUCGGCGCUGAAAACAGAACCGAGAAGCCGUUUAUUCGAAUUGUUGCCGACCACAUUGCCGUUCGGCUCGAAAAUGAGGACCACGUUUACAAGAAUACGUGCGACGCGAUUGAAAAAGCCUUGAAGCCUCAUAUUGCUGAUAGAGGUUAUGACUGGGAGUUUCAUGUCGAUGAGACUGAAAGGAGACUAUGGCGGGUUAAUGGAAUCGUUCCUCCUCCGUUUGGAAGUGAUGCGGAGAAGUUAUGGGCAAAGGAGAACAAGCCGGUCGCUUGGGAAAGCGCUUAG